UAUCGUAGUCAAGAAACCCAGGGGCUAAUAUAUAGCAUUAAAUUGAUACGUACAUAUAUUAAACGUAAUUUAUUUUUGCCAAAAUGCCGUGGGAGCCAACUACAGAAUUUGAAGAUGAGAUUGUAAGUCUUCAGCCUCAACAUGAUUUUAUAUUUGCUUCAUUAUCGGAACAACCCUUCCAACCAAGGCCUCAGGCCCAUAUAGACUAUGCUCUAAGCCGAAAGAAAAGGGGAAAUUCUGAAAAUAAAUCUCCGAAUAAAGUCAACUCAAAGUUAGAGCUCAUUGGGGAAAUUCAGCGUAUAGCAGGCACUAAACCUUUAGGUGAGCAGCCGGCGUUAGAUGAUUGGGAAGAUAUUACCACGCUCGAACAAGAAAGUAUCGCUAUGAUGCGCUAUUUUGGUUAUCAUACUUCUACGGAUGAACCGUUUAACGUUGAUGUUACCUAUGCUACGCAUCCAGUGAAAAAAGGUGUUGAAAUUGCUCAUGUUGGGAGGGGUCGUAAGUUUCCUAUUCUUCUUGACGAGGAUCUAUUUGAGUUGAAACCAAAACCUAAGUUGAAUAAUGUUGACAGCAAUUCAAAUGCUGGUGAUCGGCAUCGUUCGUUAAAUGAUGUUGGGGAUAAUCGUAAGCUUGACUUACCUCCUGUUGUGACCACCUUGGCAGCAUCAUCAAGUAAUAGUUCUUUUUUUGCUGAAGAAUCAGACAAGGACUCCAAUGCACCUAUUUUGCCUUGUAAACUGGCAGAAAAACAGCGUCAUACUUUAUUAUUGAAAGGUGAAGGAAUGAACUUUUACAAAAAAUUAGACGACGAAACUUCAUCGAUGGCUGAUGAACAUAGCGUCUAUGAAACGGCCUGCUCUUCAAGCGUAUAUGAAUCGUCAAAUGAAACGAGUUUCAAAUCGUUUGAUUCCUGGCCUGCCUUAGAAUCAUCCAAAAAGGGUACCAAAAAAUCUAGUUUUAAGGUAAAUGUUACAAACGCUGACACCUCCGCUGUCCGAUCAAUUUCGUAUGCUUCCGUUGUAACGAAUGCGCAGGAAAGUGAACUAAAACCUGGAAAGAAGAAGGGAAAAAAAGCAAAUGGAAUAUCAAACGAAACUGCUUAUAGUUUUCCAUUGCAACGUUUCCUUACAUCACGUCAAAUUUGCAAAAAGAAACGUAGCCAAUCUUGAUCGUACAUAUAUAAUAUUGAAGCUUAGUUCAUUCAUGCGUUCAAAAAUAUUUCAUCUUUCCUAUGACACAUUUUUCCCACCGGCUAUUGGAAUAGUCAAAAUAAUGGAGAAAGCAAUUAAUUUCUUUUAGUUUGAUCUGACUUUCUUGUAUAUUUCAAGACAUUGUAAAAACAUUUUUAUUUUCUUCACACCUUAAAUUGCUCUCAAGGCAAAUAAAUUUCCCUAAAUCUUAUUAAAAUUAAAUUGAACUUGCGAGACGAAACAUUUCACUUCCUCAAGAUACUCUAGUUUUUUUUUAAAUAUAUCGCGAAACUAAAAUGCUUAGUUUUUCGUCUUGUAUUUACGUCGAAGUAUUUCCUUCUGAAUUUCCUUUUCUCUUCUCAUUUAUAAUUCAGAACUCGUGAAGUGCAAACGAAAAGUUACACAAAUUGAAAUUCACCUAUUUCUCGUUGGCAGAAAUCAUAGACUACAACAAUUGCGAUUGAUAUGGUGGUGGAUCACUGCUGCUUACAUCAAACAGCUUUUCGCAAUAGUUUACCCCAACUUAAAGAGUCAUCAUCAUGGCUGAUAUAAAAAACCUUUUUCAUAACAAAAGGUGUCUGUUCUCCACAUAUUCAUUUCGUAUAACGAUUUUCUCAUUUUCUAAAGUUUAGUAAAUCCAUUCUCGUUUUCAACGCAAUUCAACGAGUUCUGAAUUACAGUUUUCCUUUUACUUGUUUCAAUUUUACUGAAUUUUCAAUUAUAAGUAAGUAAAAAUAUUAAAAAAUGUCCUUCAACGCAAUAACAUCAAGUUUGUGAUGCACAAUUAAAAGAUAGAUUUACAUUUAGUAUUAUUUAAAGUAUCAUUAUGUACAAUAUUUUUAUGAAAGUGAUCUAACCACAAUUUGUAAUUUCUUUAAUUUUAGUGAGUGUUACAUUGUUUUGUUUGUUCUAUUUAUGACAAUUUUCGUAACUUCAUCCAAAAUUUCUCCAUAAUCAGGUUAUACUGCGUCAGUUAAAAUAUUUCUAAGCUAUGGUUAAAAUAAUAUGAUAAGAGCUUGGUUCAGAUUGUUUUUAUUAUUCAAUGUAAUUCUCCUAAAAACUUUUGCUUUUUUCCAAUUCAUAUAUCCCUUGGUGAGUACAAAAAGCAAUUGGCGACGGGAAAAAAAUUUUAAGCCCAAUCUGGCCACGAAAUUUUAAGCCCAAUCUGGGCAUAAAAAUUUUUUUUAAAUUUCAACUUGA